UGGGUUGGUGGCCGCUACUCGCUGUGGUCUGCAAUUGGAUUGUCCAUUGCUCUUAUGAUUGGUAUGGACAACUUUGAAGAACUUCUGGAGGGUGCUCACCACAUGGACAAACAUUUCCAGACAGCCCCGCCGGAGGCCAAUAUCCCAAUGAUUCUUGGUGCCCUUGGAAUUUGGUAUUCUAAUUUCUACGGAGCUCAGUCAUACACCAUCCUACCGUAUGAUCAGUACCUGCACCGAUUUCCAGCCUACUUCCAACAAGGAGACAUGGAGAGUAACGGCAAGUACAUCACUCGAUCUGGGCAGAAAGUCGACUACACCACAGGUCCCAUUGCUUGGGGCGAGCCGGGCACAAAUGGCCAGCAUGCUUUCUAUCAGCUCAUCCAUCAGGGCACACAUGUCAUUCCCUGCGAUUUCCUGAUUGCUGUGGAAACUCACAACCCAGUUCAGGAUGGACUCCACCACAGGAUUCUUGUCUCCAACUUCCUAGCCCAGACUGAGGCUUUGAUGAGGGGCAAGACUGGAGAGGAGGUGGAGCGGGAACUGCGGGCGGCAGGCAUGAGUGAGGAGAAUGUCAAACGCAUCAAACCUCAUAAGGUGUUUGAAGGGAAUCGUCCCAGUAACUCCAUUGUGUUUCAGAAACUGACACCAUUCAACCUGGGAGCGCUUCUAGCAAUGUACGAAAUGAAGAUCUUUGUCCAAGGUGUUGUAUGGGAUAUCAACUCUUUUGAUCAAUGGGGGGUUGAACUGGGCAAAGUUUUGGCCUCAGCAAUUCUGCCAGAGUUGUCCUCGGCGGAGGAAGUCAAAUCACAUGACAGUUCCACAAAUGGACUCCUCAACUACAUCAAGGCAAGCUCCAAGUGA